AAAAAAACAGAAGAUGAAACUCGCUGAGAGAGAGCGAUGGGGAAUGAGGGCGAGAGGAAGAGGAGCCGGAGUUGAGUGAACUCGGACUCGAGAGAAGAAUGCGUCAUUGGUCAGAGAUUUGGAAGAGAAGAUUUCAAAGGUGCCUUUUUAAUAGCCUUUUAAUCGGAUGAAUGAAAAAACGCAUUUUUUCCCGAGAUUUUGACGACUCCGCCGUUUUUAAUCGACCUAACCCAAAUACAAAUGAUACUCCCGACAGUACCAAACCCGACCCGUAUAUGCUGAACCCGAACCCAACCCGAUUUCAAAUCGGGUUAGUGUUUUUCAACCCGAACCCGACCCAAACUCGGGUCGGGUCAGUCACCCGAACCCAAGUUGCAGCCCUACCAGCUCAGGCCUCAGUAGAAAAUCCGGGGAACAUGUACACCAUGCGCUUACAAGUUACAAACAGCGCUCGCAGUGGCAGAGAGAGGGAGAGUGAGAGACUGCUCGUGCAGGGAGAUCGCAUAGGCGAGUAAUAAAAAAAGAUGCAGCAGAGGAAAUCAGCAUCUGGGCGGCCUUCGGGAACGGACGGCUCAGAUUUCUCCUACCGCAUGGUCAUUGACCCCAGAUAUACCAAAGUCGCUCAAGGAAAAUCUCGACUCCGUAUAUUAAUCACCAUUCAGGUCGUCAGCCAGGUGAUUGGAGUUUUAUGGGGUUUUUUAUUAGCAUCACAAGGAAAGGAUCUUGAUACUCUUGCUAUUUCAUUAAUCGUGAUCGGUUGCAUUUCGAUCAUCGCUGGAGAACUAGGUCGGAGGCGCAGCCAUGCUAAUCUGUUGAGACUCUACAUUGCUGCAUCAACUAUUACUGCUAUGGUUUCAGCGGUGCGGGUUGUUGGAAGUGGUCUCUCGUUUGAGGUUCUCCAAGACCAGAAUGCAUCAGUUCUGAAAAAGUUUGAAGUUGUCGAAGCUGGCCGUGUUCUGCUGAGUGUACCCGUGCAAAUAUUUGCAGUCAUCACAACAGUUUUGCUGAUCCAAAACAUGUCUCCAAGGAGAGCUUCUUGAGGGGUUGUAACCUCGGCAAUUGCAGUGAUUUUCCAUCUAUCAGCUGCAGAAUUGCUUUGGAACAAUUGUAUCACAUUAGGGCCUUUGUUAAUCCCCAGAUAAUGGUACUAUUAACACAGUUUAAUCAUAUUGCAGUAAUGUUUAAUUUCAGUAUGUGCUCCUGGAAGCAUUCAUGUCCAUUUGCUUGUGCAUGUUAAUUCGUGUCUCCUCAACUCUAUUAGGGGUCUGCAUUUCAGUAUCGAUAAAAAAUUCUCUGUAUUAGUUAUCGAUUUGGAUCUCUGCUUUGGGUUAAAACAUCUUGGAAAGAAAUAAUCUGCUUCCCUGUAACUAAGACAUUCUUGAUUCAA